AUGAGUGACCCAUCGGGUAGGAGAGUGGAGACCCGCUUGGGUUCUAGCAGGAGGGCUGCAGGAGCGGCGGCCAUAACAGACAGCGCUGCUGCACAGAAAGCUAUGCUGAUUGAAAGAAAGAAGCGACCGGCACGUAAGACCUCACCUAGGAAAGUUCAAACUAGCUCACCUGGCUGUGUGGGGGAGUCUGCCCGGGGAAUCCAGGCCGGCGUGCCUGCGGGAAGCUGCGGGACGGAGGCCUGGGAGGAACAGGAAGCAGGCGCCAUGACCUCUGGGACCGGUGAGCAGGAGAGAGGCAGCAUGGAGGUGCCGGGAGCAGCGGGGGAGAGCCCUGUCGCUAUGGAAGUUGCUGAAAGUGCACUGAGUGAGGAGCCCAACAUGGCCGCCGGCCCACAGACUGAGGUGGCAGAGCCGGGCAAGAGGAGGAACGUAGUGAAGAUUAAGUGGGUGCAGGGGAGAGAGGGGUUCCCGGGCAGGAGAUACGUAGCCAGGAGGCUGAUCAAGGAGACCCUGGGUUUCACCCCAGAUGAUGUUUAUGCCCUAGUCACUGUCAUUGAUACGGAGUUUGACUUGAGCUUUAAGUUGCCCCAGGGGCUGGAGGAAUUUUGGAAGGGGUAUGAGAGAGAGAGGGGCUCGGCCGUGUGGAACGGAUUUGAGGUUAUUCCGGUUUCAAAGCCGGAGGUUAAAAAUGUGACAAUUAUUUUUAAAAGCGAGUCCAUAAAUGAGGAGGAUGUGAUGUUUUGGCUAAAGCGGCAGUGCCAGGUACUCUCCCCUUUAAAGAGAAUCUAUGAUGAAGAGGGUUUUUGGAUAGGGGGGUGGAAGGUCCAGGUGAGACUGCACUCUCAUCUCCAUGUGCAGAAACAUCUCCCCAACUCUCUGUUUCUAGGGAAGGACAGGGGGGUGUGUUUCUAUGUGGGCCAGCCCCGGGUCUGCUUUAAAUGUGGCUCCAAUAGGCAUCUGGCCGGCAAAUGUACCGUACAGAAAUGUGCCUUUUGUGGGGAGGUGGGACACCCAAGCAAGGACUGUGUCACCAUUAGGUGCAAUCUCUGCCUGAAACUGGGCCAUGCACACCGGGAUUGCCCCGACGCCUGGCAUAACGUCCAGAAACAGUGCCCAAACCUGCUGGCGGAACUGAGGGAGGGUAUGGGGGGCGAGGAGGGACCGGAGACUCAGGGAGCAGCGCAAAGGGGGACUGAGGGAGGAACAGAUUUGGGGAACGGAGGAAGUAUUUCUGGGGAAGGGGUGGAGCUCACUGAGAGGGAGGAGCAAGGGGCGGAGAAACAGGAUUGGCGGGUGGUUGGUGGAAACUCAAAGAAAGUAAAUAAGAGAAAGGCUGUGCCCAAAGAGAUGGCGUGCAACUCGGAUGCUUCACCCUGCAAUGUUAAUUUACCCUCACUCGAGCAUCCUUGUAUAUGA